CUGUUUUCAGUCACGUGUGGACAUAACCUCACAUCCGGCAAGCUGUCUGUGUUGAUGUUAAUCACCCCAGAGCCCCCAGAGUGUGUGCUCAACCUCCACUCCCUCAAUUUUAAUAAUUAAAACAUCUUGAGGAUAAUUUAUCAAAAAUGAGGGAAAUUCCAUUAUCAAAGUGUGAGAGGGAAUUCAUUAAUAGUUCAGUGGAGCAGGGAAUUAGAUUGGAUGGCAGACAAUUACUAGAAGGUAGAAAGGUAAAACUGCACUUUGGAGGGACCUGGGGCAGGUGUCUAGCAGCUCUAGGCCAGACCCAAGUAAUAGCAAACGUAUCGUGUGACGUUCAGCCCCCAAAAGUCUCGAGACCCAACGAGGGAAUGGUCCACAUAAACGUGGAGUUAACACCCCUAGCAGCCCCCUAUUUCGAAGCUGGGAGACAGUCAGAGGCUGGGGUUCUCCUCACGAGACAGUUGGAGAAGUGCUUCAAGGACUCCAGGUGCAUUGACCUCGAGUCCCUCUGCAUCGUGGCUGACAAGAAGGUGUGGAACCUCAGGGUGGACAUAAACGUGAUAAAUCACGAUGGCAACCUUGUGGAUUGCGCUAGCAUUGCUGCUCUAGCUGCUCUACUCCACUUUCACAGGCCAGAUGUUACUUCCACUGGGGAUGAAAUCAUUAUCCACUCGUUCGCUGAGAAAGAUCCUCUGCCUGUGACUUUGUUCCAUCAACCAGUCUGUGUCUCAUUUACGACAUUCGAGAAUGGAACAACUGUUAUGGAUCCUUCGUACACAGAAGAAAGACUGGGAGUAACUCAAUUGACCCUCGGUUUGAACGCCUACAGAGAACUCUGUUGUCUGCAUUUCGAUCACACAACUAUCAGUAAAGUAUCCACUGACGUUUUGUCCCUCGUGAUGAAGGAUGCUAUCAAUUACGCCACUAAUUUGGUGAGACAAAUCAAGGAGACCGUCAGGAUAGACGUGGAAGCGAGGUAUAAAAAAGAAGCAGCAAAGGCCUUCAGGUUUAAAAACAUCAUCGCAACAGACAAGAUCACCUCGAUGAUGACUGAGAGGAUACAAAUAAGACUCUCCAAGUGGCACUCAUCAAAUAAACAUAAAGAGGAAGUUGAAGAUCCUUCGGACAUCGAGAUGAAAGACGACGAAGAAAGUGAAGACGAGGAAGAAACUGAAGACACUGAAAUCGUCAGAGUGGGUGAGGGAUCAGCAGAAUUAAUAACAAACAGCAAUCCAACAGUUGGAGAGGGUGGUAAAAACACGUGGGACUCCUCAGACGAAGAAGAAAUGGAGGAUGACGAUUCCGAUGAAAUUGAACUCAUAAAAAUCCAGAAACAGGAGAAAAAAGUGCUGGAUAACAUAGAACUGAGUGACAGUGAAGAGGAGACCACGUGCACAGUCUCAACGAGUGACUUACUCUGAUGGAAAAAUAUCAAAAAACGAAUAAAGAAAGAAUAUCCAAUAAAUACAGAAAAUUUGUAUAAGUCUUGAAAUAAUGUAUGAUAUAAUUUUCAA